UCGAGAUUCGAGCUUCCUCCUUUUACACGCGAGCUGCCCACGUUGAGCAGAGCGUAAAACUAUCCCAUUACAUCAAUUGACUACCCUCUGCCGAUAGGUGCUCGCGAACCCCACAAUGACUUCCUCAUUGCCUGGCAACCGCGACCUACCCGUUUCCCAGUACGAUCUGAGCACUUAUUGGGGACGGGUAAGACAUUCCGCAGAUAUCUCAGAUCCCAGAACACUCCUCACCUCCUCGGCCGGACUUGAUCAUGCAAAGCAACUCGUCAUCGCGUACAAGCAGGGGGAGAUACAAGAGAUGACGCCAGGGCUAUGGAAAGCGAAGAAGAUAAUCGACUCGACGAUACAUCCAGAUACUGGACAGCCUGUCUUUCUGCCUUUUCGAAUGUCGUGCUUCGUCUUAUCUAAUCUUGUUGUCACGGCGGGGAUGCUAACGCCUGGACUCGGGACUGCAGGAACGUUGGCAUGGCAAGUCACGAACCAGUCUCUCAACGUCGCGAUCAACUUUUCCAACGCGAACAAAUCAAGCCCGCUUUCCACCCAAGCCAUCAUACAAUCAUACUGUCUAGCAGUCAGUGCGUCAUGCGGCGUCGCUGUCAGCCUGAACGCCCUUGUGCCUAGAUUGAAGCGCCUGUCUCCAAACGCGCGGGUGGUACUCGGCCGCCUGGUACCGUUCGCUGCUGUGGUUAGCGCGGGUGCUCUGAACGUGUUCCUCAUGCGUGGGGAGGAGAUUCGUCGGGGGAUUGACGUCUAUCCGGUGCUGACAGAUGAGGAGAAGCGAAGAGUCGAGGCCGGGGAGGAUAAAGUGAAGCCAUUGGGAAAGAGCAAGAAAGCCGCGACACUGGCAGUGAGCGAGACCGCAUUCAGUCGAGUCAUCAAUGCGACACCGAUCAUGGUCCUGCCACCCCUCAUUCUAGUCAGGCUGCAGCGUUCUGAGUGGCUGAAGAGGAGGUCUAGGAUGACCACGCCCGUGAAUCUGGGUCUCAUCCUCACAACUUCAAUCUUUGCUCUACCCCUCGCACUCGCAGCAUUCCCUCAACGUCAAACUAUCAGUGCCAAGUCACUUGAGGCUGAAUUCCAUGAUUAUGGUGGGAAGGACGGGAUGGUAGAAUUUAACCGUGGCAUAUGAUGGAAAUGUGGGACUUCCGUUCAUAUAUAGAAUAGAACUGGUGAUCGGGGGGGGCCUGGCGUAUAUUAGAACUUGGCGGCAAGCUUCCCGUUAAGCCAUCGGAAGGACACGUAUAGAGGGAGGGAACUCUUCGACCUUAUGGAAACACCCCAGGUCGUCAUGACUAAGGAGAAUAAAUGCUUCUGAUU